AUGACAAGCAACAAGACUCCUGUAUACACAACACAAUAUUCUAAUGCAUCAACGCAUUCUGAUGAGAGUGAAAUAUCUUCACCAUUACCAUCAAGCAAUACAGUACAAUAUGGUCCAAUUCAAAUUCGUCUUUGUCGAAAACCAGCUCCGACAAUAGCAACUGGUCGUCGACCAAAACAUCUUGCUCUAGUUGGUGAAGAAGCUAUUAAACGUGAAAAACGUCGUGAAAAAAAUCGGGAAGCAGCUCGAAAAUUAAAAGAACGACGACAAAGUAUCGAAGAUGAACUUAAUCAAAAACUCCAAGAACUUCAAGGUGAACAUAUAAAUUUACAGAGUUAUCUUCAACAACUUCAACAAAAAAAACAAUUUUUACAAGAGAAAGUAAAUAAUUGUCUUAGUGAUCCUAUUGAUGAAUUAUUAUCAAAUGAUGAUGAAGAUAUUACCUUAUUUUUGGAACAAUAUUUAGGUGAUCUCGAACUUUAUAAUGAAUUAAAAGAAAGUAACUUUAAUUUCGACACAGACAUUAGUUUCAAUUCAAUGGGAGAUAGUUAA